CUUUACUAUUUCCCCCUCCCCCCCUCCAAUCUCUCUCUCUCUCCGCCUUCCCGUGUACGAAACCCUAGGAGGCGACACGCCGCCCAAAACCCCGCCGCGUCCGCCCACGGCGGCGCCCGAAUGGCCCCCGCCGCGGCGGACCCCGACGCCGAGGACCUCCCCGCGCGCAGAUCCGACGCCACCGACGUCGCCGGCAACUCGUGGGACCUCGCGGCGCUCUCCGCGCCCGCCGCCGCCGCGGCGCGGGGCGGCGGCGAGGUCUACAUCUACCGGAACACGUACAGCCUCGUGCCGCGCUCCAUCGGCGGGUUCCGCGGGAGGCUCAGGUCGCUCAAGUUCUUCGGCAACGUCGUGGAGGUGCUCCCGCCGGAGGCCGGGGAGCUGGACCAGCUCGAGAGCCUGCAGGUGAAGGUCUCCGCGCCUAGGGUCUCCGGGGCGCCGCUCCGCCGGAUGCAGGCUCUCAAGGAGCUCGAACUCUCUAUGGUGCCGCCCAGGCCGUCGGCGUGCUCCAUACUAGUCGAGGUCGCUGCUCUCAAGUGCCUCACCAAGUUAACAAUCUGCCAUUUCUCCAUUAGGUACCUCCCUCCUGAAAUUGGCUCCCUAAGGAAACUGCAAGAACUUGAUCUUUCAUUCAACAAGCUGAAGAACUUGCCUAACUGUAUAACUGAGUUGGGUGCCCUAAAGUUCCUCAAAGUGACUAAUAAUAAAUUGGUGGAUCUACCCUCAGCAAUCUCUUCUUUGAGAUGUCUUGAAAGCCUUGAUUUAUCAAACAACAGAUUGACUUCCCUUGGAUCUAUUAAACUUGUUUCUAUGCUUACGCUACAGUAUUUAAAUCUUCAGUUCAAUAGGAUCUCCAAUUCAUGUGUUAUUCCAGCAUGGGUAUGUUGUGACAUGCGGGGAAAUGGUGAAAACAAUGUGAAGCCUGCAAAACUAAAAGCUAUAGCUGUUGCAAACAACACUUCAACAGAAUCUAGAAGUACAAAGCACACUUGCAAUGGUCCACGCUUGUGCUCACAUCCAGAAGCUUCCUCAAAUUUAAAAGUUCCUCCCACACAGAAAAUAAAGAAGGGUUGGAAACGGCGGGAUUGCCUGCAACAGCAAGCUCGCCAAGAGCGUUUGGAAUCAAGCAGGAGCAAGCUCAAUGAAGAUUAUGUCGAUGAGAUGGCUGUGAACAUGACAGAAGAUGAGAGCCCUUUACAUGACAUGGAAAACAAGUCAGAGAUCAAAAGAAUUGACCGAGAAGCUUUAUUACAGGAUUUGUCAAAACAAGCAAGUUCUAUAUCUGAAGACUUGUCUUGUGUAGUUGAUGAUGACUCCUAUGGGCACAUUAAAGAUAGUGGCAUGAUGUUACAGGACCAUAAUGAAGAAGAAAAAACUGUAUUAAGUAAAACAAAUCAUGGUAACUGUUCUUGUAUCAGCACUAAUACUGAUAGUUUGAUCAGGAGCAAAAUUUGCAGUGUUGAAAAUGAAUUAGAGGAUACUGCAUCAUCCAUCCAUGGUGUUGUGGAGGUUGUUGAAGAGAACCCUUCAGAAACAUCUAAGCAUACAUGGAAAUCUAAAAGGCACCCUGAUAUGGACUGCAAUCCUAAACCUAGCAAAUGCCCUAGACCAUUCGAUGAAUGCGCAAAAGUAUCCUAUAAGUACAGUGUGGAAUCAUUUUGCAGCAUUGAUGACCAUCUACCAGAUGGCUUCUAUGAUGCAGGAAGAGAUAUGCCCUUCAUGCCAUUAGAGGAGUAUGAACGGAGUAUUGGACUAUAUGCACGCGAAGUUAUUCUCUUGGACAGGGAACAAGAUGAAGAGUUAGAUGCAAUUGCGUCGUCAGCACAGAUGUUAUUGUCUAAUUUGAAAAUGCCAAGCUGCUUCAUUACUGAUGAAGAUGCAGGCCAGGACUUACUAAGGGCAUCUGUGCUUGCUUUGUUUGUUUCUGACUGCUUUGGAGGUUGUGAUAGAAGUGCUUCUCUCAGUAGAACACGGAGAGCUAUUGUUAGCUUGAGAAAGGAGCAACCUUUUGUUUGCACUUGUUCUGCUGGAAGCAUAUGCGACAGCACUGAAGCAUCUAAGCAGAUCAAUAGUCUUUAUGGCCACUUUGAUUUUACUGGCCUGUGUGAUAAAUCAAUACAUGUCAUUAAAGAAAGGAGAAAUUCAGGAAUUGUACCAAUAGGAGCUCUGCAAUUCGGUGUUUGUAGGCACCGAGCUGUCCUAAUGAAGUACUUGUGCGAUCGGGCAGACCCUCCAAUUCCUUGUGAACUUGUGAGGGGGCAUCUUGACUACACACCUCAUGCUUGGAAUGUUGUUCCUGUAAGAAAAGGGAAUGCUUGGGUAAGGAUGAUCGUCGAUGCAUGCUACCCAACCAACAUAAAGGAAGAGAUAGACCCAGAAUACUUUUGCAGGUAUGUUCCACUCAGUCGGUUUCAGAUCGUAAUUGAUGAUCAGGGUUACACUCCACGGUCUCCCUUCCCUUCUGUUUCACUGUGCAAAGAAAUAGAAGCUACAGCUUCUAGUUCUGUCUACUACUGCAAAAUUGGUUCUGUAGAUGCAGCAGCAAAGGUACGAUAUCUGGACACUCGUUGUGCUUCGAGUGAUGAAGUUAAAAAUUUCGAAUAUAAGCUUCUUGCAGAAGUAAGAAUGCUGGGCGCCCUAAGGAAGCACCAAUCCAUUGUUGAAAUAUAUGGUCAUCAGCUUUCUUCUAAAUGGGUUCAAGCCGAUGAUGAUAAGGAAUACAAGAUAUUGCAGUCCAUAAUCAUGAUGGAGUACGUGAAAGGAGGGUCUCUGAAGGGUUAUUUGGCAAAAUUGCUGAAAGAGGGCAAGAAGCAUGUACCUAUUGACCUGGCAUUUUACAUUGCACGAGAAGUUGCUUCUGCAUUAUUGGAACUGCACAAAAAACUAGUUAUUCACCGGGACAUAAAAAGCGAAAAUGUUUUGGUUGAUCUGGAUUCAGAGAGAAGUGAUGACACACCUGUAGUCAAACUCUCUGAUUUUGACAGGGCAAUUCCUUUGCAUUCUCUCUCCCAUACAUGCUGUAUAGCUCACCUUGGGACAUAUCCUCCCAAUGUUUGUGUUGGUACACCAUGCUGGAUGGCUCCAGAGGUUCUUCGCGCCAUGAGAGACAAAAACCAGUAUGGACUGGAAGUUGAUAUCUGGUCAUUUGGUUGUUUUAUAUUGGAGAUGCUUACACUUCGGAUACCCUACCAGGGUCUACCUGAUUCAGAAAUAUAUGAUCUCAUAAUGCGGAAGAAGCAAAGACCAAGACUAACUCAAGAACUAGAAGCGUUCAUGACAUUAGACAAGCCAAUUACAAGGCUGGAGUUGGGUAUCACAUCUGAUGCUCAUGCAGAAAAACUAAGACUGCUGAUAGAUCUCUUCUACCGGUGCACUAAAGGAAUUGCAUCUGAGCGCCCGAAAGCUGAGGCGAUUUGCAAAUUGCUGUGCUCUCUACCAACAUGCUAUGACAUAAGGUGAAAGCGUGCUUGAAAUCAGGAACCUGUUGAUGAGAGAGUCAGCCGGAUCGGCCUGGGACAGGUCAAGUUAUUAUGCUGGGCGGUUUUAGCAGGUCAACAGAUCUGGCCAACCUUUGCUUGGUAUGAAGUUCUGACCAGCAUGACACCUCUUCUUCUUCGAGCGCUGGCAACGCAGAACACAAGAAAUCGAACCAAAGCCAGUGGCAGCAUUGUUCUCUGGAGUUCAUCCCGUGUCAAUUUUGUAGCAGCCAACCCCGUUACCCGCCUCCUGUUACAGCAGUGUUAACCUGACCAUGUGUUGAUUGUUGUGUCAUUUUAUUUUUUAUUUUCAUUGUUGCCAUUACUGCGUCAUGGCGUUAAGUUAUUAAUUUAGGCCAUCCAGAACCCCGUUGCGUCCUGAUGCAUAUGCCCAUUCUGUACUUGUAUCUGUAUCUGCAUCUGUAUGUACAAGUGUCGGCCCAUCCCUAAUCCAUGUAACCCUGUAAUGUUGAGUCAUGUAACAAAACUGAUAAUCUGAGGUUAUUUAUCAGGAGGGGCUGUUUUUUUUUUGUUUCCAUAUCUACAUGGCAAUUUAUCUUUUGUUCAACACUCGGCAUGCACUGUGUAUGAGUAUCCCUCCCUGUAUUAUCAGUUUGUUCUAUUUUCUCUACCUGUAUCAAUGGAAUUCAUUGUGUGAACUUUUGUGUAAUAUAGAGGUGUUCUUAUAUUU